GGAACACCCACCAACACUUUGCAAUAGCCCGCAUCAUCCGUCGCUCGCUCGACUCUACCACUUGGUCUUCACCAGCACUACCACUGCCCUUCGCACUCUACACACCUCUCAUCAUCCCCUAUGGACUCCUUCUCCGAAGAAUUUAUCCUGGCCGCUUCUCAGACCGGCGAGCCAGUUGAUCCCCAACUCUCGACUCCAAAUGUUCCCGACACCGGCGUGCCGCUUGAUGCGGACGUCGUCGCGCAGUAUGGCACUACCUGCGUCAUUGCCUAAACUGUCGGCAUCACCCUACGUCUAUCAUUUUUCCUAUUUGCUACGCCACCAUCGCAUUAUGUCUUCCACGCUCGGCGCUCAAACCUACACUCUUUUGGCCUCAUCGGGCUCCCUCCUUUCGCUGUGCACCUAAUCAGGCGCACCAAUUCAGCACAUACAGUAUGCAUUCAUUGAUGCCGCUGGUUCAGCACCAGCACGCAUCGUUGCACUUCAUAACUUCUCACUCUCAUUGUAUCGACGCACUGUAGACCACCCUCUCAUAUCUUGACUUAUGUUGUUCUUUAUUUUUC